AUGCGAAAACCAUGCAUUCCCGACUUGAUCUACCACAAAACAUUUCCUCGCCCGAAGCAGGGUGAGCCGGCCUCCUUCUAUGCUCAUAUUCAACGCCACAUAGUGGGGGAGGUUCGGGUGGAAGUCCAAAUGUACUAUGGAGCAUUGGACACCCUGGAGGCUCAGUAUCCUGGUCUUGACUACACAUACCCUCCGCACCGUCGUCGAAUGUCCCGCUAUCCAUGGCACCGCCGCCUUUUCCGUGUCUUCGACGAGCUAAGCUUGACCAACGACGAGAUCCUAAAUCUGUGUCAGUGGGAAGGGACCAGAGCUGCCAAAGAAAGAUAUGAGCGUGAGGCACAGACCGAAGUCAAGACCACAACAGCACACGACGUCGUUGCCGCGCCCAGAGGCUCCGGUCCCAGAAUGAUCAUUGAAGGCUGGCCUGCUUCAUCAUCUACCAGCCGCUCCACAAACAGUCAACCGGUGGCACAAAUCGAGGCGAACCCAGACUCCGAUGAAUUGAGCAAGACCGAACAAGAUGUUGACGGGUUGGACUGCCCUCCCGCUCCAUCGAACGAGAUUUUGGACCUCUUACGAACGGCAAUUCAAUCUCGCUCAAGCCUUGAAUCCAGUGUAGCCACCACUCAGGCUUGGGAACAAUGGCUUAAGGAUGCACUAGAACGACAUGAAAUGGACAUCGAUUCCGUCAUGACAGCGUUACAAAGCAUCGACCCCGAGCCUGCUCAGGGGCUAGAUGAUCCAGACGCUCUCUUGUCACUUCUCAACACCUCACCAACCCCAGAUCUCUCACCCUCCCCACCUGCAUUAUCACCCCCUGAUCAUCGAACAUAUGACGAACUUCACACGAUGGUGGACCAAUUGCAAACAGACAAUACUCGGCUUGCAGCUGAUAAUGCCGCUCUGGCUCUAUUCUUGAGGAGAACCCAGACGGAGGCAGCGAGAUAG